AGUUGACCUCCAGUGUUACAGGCAGCCUACAGCCGGUGUACUGUUACACUCCUGUCAUCGAUAUCGACACGAUGAAUCUCUUCCUUUGGGUGUAGUCUCUGCUGGCUCGCACUUCAUUCGACAAUUAGAGUCAAAACAGACUCCCAGAUUAUGUCUCACCAUUUAAAUAGUGUCACAACUGUGUGUAUGUGUGUGUUUCCCCUCUGUAGACAGUACUCACCAGCCUGAUGCAGACGGCCAGAGUUGUGACCGGAGAUAAAUUCUCGUAUCUUAUGAAGGAGUACUUCAGUAUUCCUCUGGACAGCCUGCAGUCAGUGCUCAGUACAGCUCACAUCACCACCAUCACACUCAUCCUUCAGUACUACAGCAGAAACCAGGACACGCUGCAGUUGCCUGAUAAAUACCUGUCCACCAUGGUGUCGGUGCUGCUCCAGACCCACGUGGUAAAAGAUGGCAGCCUCUUCCCUGAGCUGGCUCCCCUGCUGACCUCAGCGAGCCCAGCUGACAUCCAAGCUUUGCCCUCACUGAGGGACGACAUUGUGAGGGAGACCAUCAACAGGAACCUGGCGAACAUGAAUCUGGACCAGCGGGAGGCAUUUGGCGUAUGGUACAGCAAAGUUAUGCCGCCGUCCAACAUCACCAGAGGUCAUCAGUCACUCAUCAGGGACACUGGAAACCUGAUCGCCUACCUGCCCUUCCGCAACUUCCAACACCUCUCACCUGCUCAGCUGUUGGACGGGCUGGACGUGUUGCAGAGAAACUCCCUCACUCCUCUAAAGCAGGAGUUUGUCGCUCAGAGUCUCCUCAGCUCCUACAGGAACCUGACCGCUCAGGAUUUCACCAGGCUGGGUAAAAUCACAUGUCAGGCGGACCCGGAGGACCUCCUCGUGUAUCGGGGCACUGAGGCCUUCAUUGUGAUCCAGGACAUCGUUAUGAACUGCACACGUGAGGGACUCAGUCUGUCCAACUAUCUGAUUUCCAAAUUGUUACUGAACAGCACAGAAUUAAAGACGCCCUCGUCGCUCAGUCCUGCUCGACUGGCAGAGCUCACCCACCUCAUGCCUCUGCUGGGCGUCACCUUCCUGCAGGCUCUGACACCAGCACAGCUGCUCGCCAUCCUCCCCGUCCUCGACUCUGUUCCAUUCAGCCCUGCACAGGCCGCCAUAAUUAUAGACAAACUGCCUCCGGGUACCACUCUGACCGCUCCAGGCCAGCUGCAGGAGCUCGGCCACCUCAUUGCAGGUAUGAAGACGGAGACCUUGUUGACCCUCACCUCCGACAGGCUGCUGUCGUCCCUGCCCGCCAUGGCGCAGCACACACCAGGCCUCAGCCCGCCACAAGCCAACGCCAUCGCCACCAAACUAUGGGGUUUCCCAGAGGUGAUCAGCUGGUUAGACAAGGUGGAGCCUUUGCUGUAUUGCACGCCCCUGCUCAGCGUCCUGCCCAGGACUCGCAUGCUUGUGGACAACGUCACCACAGCAUCCACAAAAUCCUGGAACACACAGCAGGCUAUAGCAAUCGUCAGUGAGCUCCUUGAAACUAAACCAAACGUAAUCAGGCAAAAUUUUCUGAGUCUGGGAACGCUGGGUCAAGGCGUGAGCUGCGCGAUCUUAAAGCAGCGUUUUCAGGCUGAUUCCUCGCCCUCAGCUGUGAUUAAAAUCCUGGCCCUCCUCAGGCGGCAGCCCGGUCCUCUUCACACCUCCCUGAAAAAGUGUGUGAUCGACGAGCUGUAUCAGUUGGAGUUCUUCUCUGAGCUGCUCAAAGAUCUUGGAGCUGAGAUCGCCCUGACGAUGUCGGUGAGCACUAUUAAGAAGUUUUCUACAGAUGUGAUGGACACUCUGAGGAAGCUGAUAAUCCAGGACCCUCAGCAGUUUCUCCUGCAGCCUAGAACAAAACAGGAGCUGCUGGUGGACAAAAUGGUGCAGAGGCUGGGCAUGUACACAGGCGUGUUCACUGAGGAGGAGUUUCGUUCACUGGGCAUCAUGGCGCCGUUUGUGGUGGAUGAGGUUUUAAUUCAGGUGGACCGCAGCUUCUUCACCAACAAUCUGCAUUACCUGCAGGGGCUCUGCUACACCAGGAGCAAGAUGGACAUUGUGGCUCGUAUCCUCCAAGAAGCAUUUGGCCCAGUCAAGAACUGGAACCAGACCACACUCAGCCAGGUGGACUGGUUCUUCUUCUUCCUGCCCGACAGCAGUCUGCAGGAGAUUCCCAGGGCGCUGAUGAGCGUGAGGCGAAUAGAGAAGCUGUUUAUGAACCAGCGGCGGUGGGAGCGCGGGGCCGUGGGGUCCCACUGUUUGAACGAGGACGAGAGGAAGGAGUUUUUUGAAAAGCAGCAGUUUGUUCUUCAGUUCUUCCUGGGUUUCCUCAAAAUAAAUCCUCUGUCACCGACUCCUAUUGUUCCCAACUGUGAGAUUCUUCAUACGAUUCCCCCGGCUGCCUGGACCUCCAGCAGCCUGACCAGCAUGUCUCCAUCAGCCUUCUCCAACUGUCUGGAGCUGAUGGGUCGUGACCCGUUCCUUGCCUCCUACCAACGCAUCCAGGUGCUGAUGAAGGUCAAGCAGAUGUACGGCCCCGUCUCCUCCUUCUCCCAGUCCGUGAUCUCUCAGCUGGGGAGACUAGCGAAGGAGCUGACGGUGGAGGAGCUGAGCAGCCUCCGACUGACUGAGCGGAGGAGCAUCGCUGCUCUGGGCGCCGUCAGCGACCUGAGCAACAGACAGCUGGCUGCAGGAUUCACCACCGUGUUAAACUCCACCAAGCUGAGUCCGAGCCAGCUUGACUCCAGCAUUCUGGUGGCGAUGGGGUACAUGGUGUGUGGUGCUAAAACCACAGAGAUGAAGUCUUUUAACGCCGUAGAGUUCAGUAAGGCGGUGCUCUGGCUCGGUCAGCUGAAGCUCUCCUGCUCAGAGGAGCAGCUGGAGACUCUUGUCGGGCUCCUGACCCACAGCCUCGCUUUUGGACCCAUAAGUACAUGGGGAACUGAUGUUUUCAUUGAGAUUGGAGUUCUGGCAGCUGGUCUCCCUGACUUCGCCAUGUCCGCUUUGGUGAAAGAGCAAAUCGAAGGAAUCACACCUGAGGCUAUCUCGAUGAUACCACCUGAACGCUUUUAUGUGGCAUUAAACCCCCGACAGAUCAGCUUGUUCUCCUACGAGCAGGCCACUGCAGUGACCGAUGAGCAGCUGUCUGUUCUGUCAGAUGUCCAGAGGACGGCUCUGGCUAUGGUGCUGACGCCGUGGGAGAACAGGCCUGUAGACUUCAGAGGGAAGUCAUCGGGGUUGGCACUGAGCCACAGUCCUCUGUGCCUCAUACUGGGACUGCUGAUGCUGCUGAUGGUCCUGCCCUGCCCCGACCUCUGCUGCCCUGGCACAUGACCCCGCUCACCCCUGACGGGUCUUUGCCCCCACCCCCACAACAAAGAUGAUCCCACUGAUCGGUGCAAUACCUCUUUGAAAUAAGCAGCACUUCAGUAUUUCUGUACUGUCUUCAGAGACUGUGAUUUAUUUUGUGCAGUUUGAAAUAUUAAUGUUCACCACUAAACAAACCAGAUGAAUGAUUAAAUUCAAAGAGAAGAGUGAAAACAAAAUAUCCACCAAGUCUAACCAACACCCAUAGAAUGAUGUUCAUUACUCUUGACUUAUUUAUUUAUUUAUAUUUUGAUAAACCUGUACUGUCCCCAUGUAUCCUUCUCAGGGAUAUGACGCCAUACCCAGAAAAACAACCCAAACACUUAAGAGAUUUAAAUAUAGUUAUUACACAGUUAUUAUGAAGAAAGUCAAAGUGUGUGGCAAACCUACAAAGAUAUAUAUUUUUGUGAAAUUCUAUCAUAUUUUUGUCAGAGUAAGAGAUUUAAUCUUUGCUACAUUUAUAUAUCAAUCAUGAGUUAUCUUGAUUAGGUAACAGGUACAUAACGCUCAAUGAGACUUGACUGUGUUUGCUGUGAGUUUUGUAUUGUUGUGUACACUUUCUGGUGAGAUAAAUAUAGACCUAAAUCAUUAAAGUGAACCACUCUGAUCGA